AUGAGUGUCACCAAUGAGUCGCGGAUCAGAUCGUGGUUUCAGUUCAGCACAAAGUCCUCCAACACGUCCUCUGCCACCGCCAUCACCGCCAACAACAACAACACCAACGGCACCACCAAUGGUGGCAAUGCAGUGAACAACAGGUCCGACAACGACGACAACAACCCGGACCACAACACCACUGCCAACACCACGUCCAGCAAUACACUACUGGAUCGGGUGACCAGUUUUAGGCGAUCUCUUGGAAAGGCUCAGAACAAGAAGCAUAAGAUUAGGUACGCUCGAGCUCUCAGUGCAUACAAUGGGCACAAGCCAGCGUCUGUUAAAGGAUUAACUACUGGUGCAGCUGUUGAACAGCAAUGCAUAGCUAAAAGCAAGAAUAGUCCGGUGCGUAAGGGAUCGUCACCGACAUCAGUGGUUACAAGCGGUGGCUCUGCUAUCAGUGCCAACUGUGAUGACGACGAGAUUUACGGCUUCACGAGCGCUAACUUUGACUCAAGUAAUAGCAGUACUCGAAGGCAACUAAAAUCAAGUUUGGCGUCAAAUGCCUGCAACUCAUCCAACGCUUCCAAUGCGCCCAACAUUAGUGCCUAUGAUCCGGUGCGUAAGGGAUCGUCACCGACAUCAGUGGUUACAAGCGGUGGCUCUGCUAUCAGUGCCAACUGUGAUGACGACGAGAUUUACGGCUUCACGAGCGCUAACUUUGACUCAAGUAAUAACAGUACUCGAAGGCAACUAAAAUCAAGUUUGGCGUCAAAUGCCUGCAACUCAUCCAACGCUUCCAAUGCGCCCAACAUUAGUGCCUAUGAGUCAGAGACUAACAAAUCAGGUCGUGUGAGGAAUGAGGAGAGGGAUAGGGAUGAGAGUGAAGCGAUCACUGCCACUGUUAACACGACUCCCGGAGCUAAGACUGUAUUACAAGACUCGCCGGAAUGGUUUAAAGCUGACAAAGAGUUUGCAUUUUAUAACCAACAAAACCAACUCGAGUCGCGUGAGUCCAUUCAGAACCGGAUCCAGAAGUACUACAAACAGCAAUACUUUCACGACUCGGACGUGAAUUUGCGGCAUUCCUCAGCACAACGCUUGUCAUGGAUUGCACCCAACGGUAGUGAGAUUGAGACGGAAGUGGACAGGAUUUACGAGAAUAUGAGAGACAUAUCGACCGCAUUCACUAACGCUCAGCAGAGGCACUACAAUCACCGCAACUCCACAGCCAAUGCUAACAAUGUAUACGCAAACAGUGCUAACAGUUUGAGUGAUAAUAACAAUACUGUUAACCAUAAUAACCGAAAACUCACAAAAGAUAGCGGCUAUGAGUCGGCCUCCGCUUCCAUAUCCAAUUGGGGGCCAAUCAAUGCAAACAACGCCAACGCCUUACCAAACAAUUAUUUUCACUCCCGUUCCGAUUCCAACGCCUCCUCCGUCUCUAACGGUGGUCUGAGUCCCAGAACUGCCACCAACUCUGCCAAAAGUGCAUAUCAUCAUCAUUGUGAUCAGUGGUCGGCCGCCAAAUCGACGUCUAAUCUCCCACUCCAAGUGCACGUCAGUGGAAGUCGUCGUUCGAGUUUGAGUGGCUCUGGACAUCCAUAUCCUGAACAUAUGAUGAACGCUGGGAAGUCAGUGCUGCCGGCAAAGUCAGUGCCCGGGGGUUUGGAUCGCGAUUCUGAUGACAAUAUAGUGAAAAAGAGAUCUCAUAAUCGAAAUAAUCCGACGCCAUCUUCGGUGUACAGCCUAUUGGCGUCCAAAUCGGGUCUAGACUUCGCACCCGUACUCAAGUCUAACCGCAAGUCCUGUGGUCCCAGUUUUGCCGAGAACUCAAUCGUCUCAAAAUAUAAUGAACGCCUUUUCUCAAAGAAUGCCGAAUCAAACACUUCUCAGUUCUGGAAAUCUCGCGACAGGAAUGUGAUGGCAUCGUAUGGACAGUACGAUACCGACGACUCUCCGCCGCCAACACCUCCCGUCCGAGACUCGAGUUUAUCGUCAAAUCGUAAAUUGAUUUGCGAACCAAAAGAUAACGAGUCACAAAACAAACUAAUGACCGAUUCUUUGGGCAAAGGGGUCAACGAUUGUCAUUACUAUAAGAAUAAUAACUCGCAAUACUAUAUGAAGGGCUAUUCGGAGAGUAGGGUCAGUCAUAUCGGGUGCUCUAAAAGUCUCAUAAAUCUCAGAUCAAAAUACGACGACAGCUCUGAUUUGAAGCAAUUCAGUCAAACUUAUCCAUUGCUUCCCGAAACCGAAUUCAACGACAAGUCAUCGCAAAUGCAAGAGUCGUGGUCUUGUGAUCAGUCGGUUACCUCCGGAGUUACAUCACUGGUCACCACUUCUGACUAUUUCACUGCCUCUUCAUCGGUGAUCACACACUCGCCCUCUUUGUCUUCAUUGAGCACAACGGCCACCAAUACGACGACCGCUUCUUAUAAUAACAGUCGAAACAGUAUCGCAUCGACAGGCAGUUCAUCACAAAUCGCCAAAAGCUCUAAAGUAGUCCAACCGAAGAGGGAGUCCGCGAGUGUUCUCUACUAUGAAAAGUCCGGUUCGCCGUCUAAUAUGUCUCAACACAUCUCAAAAUCAGAAGUUCCUCCGCCGCCGCCACCCAAACUCCAUUUGGGUGACUCUCACGACAAGGACAUACCUGUCCGCACAUCCAUCCCAGGGGCACCUAAUAUGGUGUCCACUUCGCGCACUAUCGAGACCUCAAAGUCUCACAGAGCUUCUGACCCGGAGAUCAAAGCUAUUCAAAAGCGUGCGGUCUAUCAGUUUUACUUAAAGCAAAAACAAAAGGGAAUACAAGAAAAUAGUAGUAAUAAUAAUAAUAAUAAUAUCAAUGAUACUAAUAAUAGUAAUAAUAAUAACUCAAGUGUUAACAGCAAUACACCGCUCACUGCUUCUACUAUUGAGGAUAACAGUCAGAUCCCUUCGCGCAAAGUACAACUGGUUGUCCACGAAAACAUCUACGAGAAUAGUAGUGCUCAGUGUAUGUCCCCACAGCCAUCCCUGCCAUCGCCUCCGCUUCCACCGCCACCGCAGCAAACGGUGGCGGACAUUGAGUUUGACGGUGAGCUCCCACUGCCGCCGCCGCCAACAGCACACGAGUGCGACCCCAAAAGUGCCACAACUCUAAGCCAUUCAAACUCGCAUAACAUUGAUAUCUGUGAUCCAUUUGUUGUGUCCAAUGGCAAACCAAUGGGACGCUCACCCUCUCCGCCAAAAGACAAGUCACUUCCGGCUCCAAAUGCCAGACCCGCAGAGGUUUGGCAGAAGUCAGAGAUUGCCACUCAAACAACGGAGACAUUGCGUCGACACAGCAGUGCGUCGGCUAAAGACAUGACAAUACAUGAACACAAGCCGUCACUGGAAACAAGUGAACCGAUGUAUGAGAACUCAGUUUCGGUGCCAAUAAAUGAGACGACAACUGCUGGUGAACAACAACAGCAACAACAGAGCGGAACCAAUAAAUCGAUGGAAUCGGUUGAAUCAGUGGUUCCCUGGGCUUACUGUAAGCUAUGGCCAAAUGAGAAAUGUGUGAAAACAGCAGAUUAUGAGAGCGACAGUAGCUAUAUAUCAGUGCAAACGUCGUCGCCUAUAGUAGCGGCUAAUACUUUCAUUGGGGAUAUCGGUGUCGGACUCGCUAAUGAAGAGUUAUUGACCAAUAAAUCGGAUUUAAUCUCAAGACUGAACAGAAAAUUGGAUGUUCUUCGGAUUGAAGAGAUGGCAUUAACACAAGACGUGAACUCUAAUGAGAUAUUAGGACAGCACGUGAGGACCAAACUGAAAGCGCUAGGACUCACGGAACAGGAGUCUGAGAAAAUGAAUUUGCAUUGUGAAGAGAUCGAGAAAGUGACUCGACUUCUACUCUCCAUCAGCGCUCGGCUCCAACUCAUCGAUACACAGAUCCAUGAAAAGAGGCGUCAAAAAUGUUUGGCUAAUGAAAGCCAUGAAAGCAAACACAACUCAAUCGACAACUCAAUGGCUUUCGAGUCAACACUACAGACACAGACAUUCACUCAAAAUGAUUUACAACAGAUUAGAGACAAACAGAGCAAACAAAACGCCUUUUCAUCCCAUAAUUUGUUUGAUGAGAUGCAGUCAUUAGUUUGCAAACGACAGAAACUAUUGGAUCAGUUGCAAGAAGCUCUUCAGCUUCGCGUCUGUAUUGAUCAGCGAAACCAAUCGAUCGAAGAGAAGAUAAUCAGAAAAUAUUUUAAAGACAAUUUCGAAAAUCUCAAUGAAUUUCUAGAGUUUAUCAAAUUGAAAUCAAAACUCAUUGUAAACAUACGUGAAGUGAAGGAUCAGAUCCUAAUGGGAGAGAAGCAUCUCUGCGCCCUUCGAGCCUCUUAA